AUUUUUUUUUUUUAAAAAAGAUUUCUCUUUUUUUUAAAAAAAAAUAUAUAUAUAUAUUUAUAUAUAAGAUUUCUUUUAAUAAACAAAAAAAAUUUAAAAAUUAAUAAAAAAUGUGGAUUAUUGAUACAAUAGUAAAAUUAUUUAAAUUAUCAUAUAAUAUUUUUAUCCAUUUCAUUAUUACUAUAAAUCGAUGGAUAGUGUUUUUAACACACCUAAUAAUGAUGUUUUUCGUAUGGAAUUCAUUAUUAGUAAUUAUUGGUAUAGUACAAACCGCACAAUUGACAAUAGGAUUCGGCUGUGAUGUAUCAAACUUAGCUACCUUCUUAAAGAGUCCUGAUUCAAAUAAAAUUUCUAUUCAAGAAGAAAAGGAAGAAAAACCUUUAACCUUUUGGCAGAAACGCCGUAAAGUUUAUCAAGAAAUGAUCGAUAACCUUUACGUAAAAUAUAUGGAAAGAUUGGUUGAAAUACAGCAAGAACAAGCAAAAUAUUGGCAAUCUGAUAAUUAUAUUUACCCUCAAUCACGUUUUUAUGAUUAUGAUAAUUAUAAUUAUGAUAAUGUUUAUUAUGAUAAUAAUAUUGAAAAUCUAGAUUAUAAUGGUGAUGAUAAUGGUGAAACUAGUUCCGAUGCUAGCGGUGGAAGUGGUGAUAAUAAUCAUCUUUUUAUUCCUCCUAUAAAAAUUACUGAAGAUACUUCUACUGCUUUUUAAUAAUAGAUUUUAUUUUAUUUUAUUUUCUUCUUUUUUUAAAAAAUGCAUUUCAAAUAACAAAUAUAGCUUAAAAUUAUUAAAUUUUACAAAAUUGUUUAACAACUAGUUGGCUCGGGAUUAUUGUUUUACUUAUAUAAAUCAUAAUCGAUGAUUCUCUCGCUUAACUUACAGUUGUAGGUAAUAAAUUAAUAAAUAAACUAUAAUUAGAGUAAAAUUUAUACUACCCUUUUUAGUAGUCAAAUUCAUAAAAAUAGUAUAUAAAUAGAAUAAAAAAUUCAUUUACUAAAAAGGUAAUAUUUUGUUCAGUAACAUAAUAAGCUAUAAAUUUACAUAUAUUAUAUUAUAUGUAUAGAAUUUACUUAAAUAAUACAAUAAAAGAUUACUAUUUUA